AUGGCCAGCCUCGCAAGUGCUCCUCAGGAACUCAGUGCCAUCCAGGCACAAGAAUCGGCUCUCAUCUUUCCUUCCUUCACCGCUGAGACCGCUUUCAACCUCGGGCUUGCCCUUCGUACCAAGCUGGUUCAAGUCGCACCGACCAAGCCCGCAGCCAUCUCCAUCUCUCUCGCUACCUCAACGCCCACCAACAACUCCUCCCCGAACCUCUCCUCCGUUCCUCAUCUCCUUUUCCAUUCCGUCACCGCCCCCGGUACUACGCCGGACAACAUGCUCUGGAUCGCACGCAAGCGCAAUACCGUGCUGCGGUUCGGGUGCUCGACUUGGUACAUGCAUUGCAAGUUCGACGGGGACGAGAAGGCAUUCGGAGAGAAGUAUGGGAUGAGUGACGAUGUGAGCGGGACGUAUGCGAUUCAUGGAGGUGGAUUUCCGGUCAGGGUGAAGGGAGUGGAGGGAGUGGUGGCGAUUGUGAUUGUUAGUGGAUUGAAGCAGGAUCAGGAUCAUAUGGUUGUGGUCGAGACGAUGGGUGAGUUUUUGAAGGAGUUGAAGUAG